AUGUGUGGUGACAGCGCAAGGCAUGGAUGUGGGAUUUGUGCCUUGGAUGUGACAGGCGAGGAGCGGCCAGGAACAGGGACGUGGGAAGCUCAAAAAUCCUGCAUGGUCUGGACGCCAAUUAGCAGCGGCUUAACGGCCAGAUUCUCUGCGUAUCUCUCCGAUUCGUUUAGUGGUACGACUGGGCGACCGGCCUUUCACCAGCACCUCCGCCUCGCCUCUCUAGGUCUUUCCACCUCGUCUCCGAAGGAUUGUCCAGUGUGUCACGACGCAAAGGCUGGACUCCGGAACGGUGGGAAGCCAUCAGUGUUUCUGAAUUUCGAAACCUGCGAGGCCCACGGAGACAGUGUAGAAUUCACAGCUCUCUGCACUGCCCUAGAUGUCACCUCGGGCGCCACGGUCAAGUGGCUGGGAGCACCAGAUCUCGCCCUUCAUAUACCUCAGUACCGGUUGCACACGACGACCUGA